UUGUUGUCGAUCUUGAAGUAUAAAACGAAUAAAGCCGUUACUUGCUAUCUACAUAUAAUACGCUCAGGUUAUUCUUCCCUGUUAUCCUCUAGCAGUCACGACAAUUUUGGCGACGAGAUGAAACAAUUCGACAUUAUAUUACUCACAUAAAGUAGUGCCAAGAAACAGUCAAAAAUGGAUGCGACACAAUUUCAACACAUUAUCGAACUGAUGAAUUACAACCAGCAGCAAUUGAUCAAUCAGGUAACCUCAUCUCGACAACAACAACCAGCAAUCAAUGCUGCGCUUUUACCACCAUUCGAAAAUUUCGACUCCAAGAAAUAAAGCUUCAGGUACUAUCGCCAGCGAUUUGAAAAUUAUCUGCAAAUGAAAGGCAUAUCUACAGACAAGACAUAUUUUUACGUGCCCAAUUUAUUAGAGGUAUAAAAGACAACACUAUUCGUGAACAAUUACUUCAAUCUGGUGCAUCAACAUUCACAGAGAUCACAGGAAAGGCUCUCGCACUGAAAGCUUCUAAGAUUGACAGUCGCGAACUCUCAAAGAAUCAACCGCCUCCGAUCAGCUAAUCACACUGAAGAUGUUAAAAAAGUAACAAAGCAGCGGAAGUCCAGACGUGAUAAUUCGACAUCAAAUCAAAGAUUCAACGCAAAAAGCCCUGGUAGACAUAAAAAUUAUAAAUCCAGAUCCAAAUCAAAAAUUGAUUACAGACAACUGGGAAUCGAAGGUCUAUGCUUACGUUGCGGUAACAGUAAUCACGUUGCAAAGGAUUGCUGAAUAAACAAGUCAACUCUUAAAUGUACUGCAUGUGAUAAAACGGGUCAUCUUUCUAAGGAAGAAAUAUCAGAUUAUGGAGUCAAUCAUAUUAUUGAUUUAUAUGAUAAUCAAGGUUCAGAACGCGACAAUUCCAAGAAGUAUUUUACUACAGUUGUUAUUGAAGGACAACCUCAAACAUUCGAAGUCAAUUCUAGUGCAGGAGUUACAUUGCUUCCACGAAAAGAAUUCAAAAAAUUGAAUCUAAUCAAUAAACUACGAACAACAGCUAUUGUAUUCCGAUCAUAUACAAAUAAUGUAUUUCUUUCAGAUGGAGAAAUUAAAGUUGAAGUUCGUUAUAAAGAUAAAGUAUCUUUUGAAAAAAUGUAUUUACAUUGUUCCAGAUAACAUGUCACCACUCUUAGGAAGAAGUUGGAUUCGUAAUCUAAACAUAAAUCUCUAGGAAAUUGAUAAAGAAUUGAGAAUCAACACCAUCAAUCCACAAAUUCAAACAAUCAAUAAUAUUCAAGAUAUUAUCGACCAUUUUCCAGAUGUUUUUGAAGAAAAAGUAGGAUGUGUGCCAGAAUUUCUAAUUUCACUUCGAUUGCGAGAAGGCUCAAAACCCAUUUUCCAUAAGGGAAGAGAAAUACCUUACGCAUUGCAAGAAAAAGUUGAAAAGAAACUUGACGACCUUGAAACAGCAGGCAUUAUUUCAAAAAUAACUUUAAGCGACUGGGGAUCACCAUUGGUUGUUAUUCCUAAGACCGAUAGGGGUGUCCGUUUAUGUGUGGAUUACAAAAUGGGAGUCAACCAGAGGCUAAUUUCAGCUAAUUACCCAAUUCAACGAAUCGAUGAGAUAUUAAAUAGUUUACGGGAUUCACGAUUCUUUUGCCGUCUUGACUUAUUUAAAGCGUAUUUACACUUGAAAGUCGAUAAAGAGAGCAGUGAAGUACAAACUAUCUCAACCCACCGAGCGUCUAAAGAAAUAUGACUUACAUCUUAAUUGACGUAAAUGUUUAUUCUUCCAAGAAGAAAUCAAAUACCUUGGACAUACUAUUGGAUUCAACAAAAUUUUAAAAUCCCCCAAAAAAGUUGAAGCCAUUGUCAACAUAACUAGACCAUCCACUGUUGAUGAUGUACGCCAUUUUCUAGGUAUGGUAACAUACUACUCAAGAUUCAUCCCGGAUGCAUCGAAAAUUACUUACCCAUUAAGGAAACUACUUGUUAAAAACUCAACAUUCAAAUGGACCAAGGCUUGUGAAGACGCAUUUUCGAAACUCAAGAAUGAAAUUUCAAGUGAUCGAAUAUUAACGCCUUAUAAUCCAGAAUCUCCAUUAAUUAUUACAUGUGACGCCAGUCCGACAAGCAUUGCAGGAAUCCUGUCGCAUGUCCUUAACGGUAUCGAGAAACCUAUUGCAUUUGCAUCCAGAUCGUUAACGCCAGCGGAAAGGAAUUACAGUCAACUUGACCGUGAGGCUCUUGCAAUCGUAUUUGCAGUCAAUCACUUCUUCAUGUAUUCGAAUACAAAUUUAAAUUGAUAACGGAUAAUCGACCUCUCACUAGAAUAUUUCAUCAAAAUAAUAAAUUGCCAGCGAUGACUUCAGCUCGCUUACUUCGAUAUGCAUCGUUCCUAUCAGGAUUUGAUUAUGAAGUUGAAUAUAAAAAAGGAAAUGAAAAUGUUAAUGCAGACUGCUUAUCCAGAGCUCCAAUACAUCAAAAGUAUUAUUCGACCGAUAUUGCCAUCAAUGAAGUUCAUCAACUUUGUUAUUCAACCAUUUUCGAAAUUUCAACUGAAGAACUUACUACUAAAACAAUUGUUCAAGAAACUGAUAAGGAUGAAGUCCUUUCGAAAAUCAAACAGGCCUUACUUAAUGGUGAAACUGAUAAUAUUGAAUACACACUUGAAGCCGAAAUACUAUUCAAAGGUCAACGCGCGGUCAUUCCUAAGAUGCUACAAUCAAAAAUUCUCGAAGAAUUACACAAAACACAUGUCGACAUUACAAAAAUGAAACAGCUUGCACGUCGCUACUGUAUCUGGAAGGGAAUAGAUCGAGACAUCGAAAACGCAGUAAAAUCCUGUCAAAAUUGUGCAGAAGUAAAAAGUAGCCCAGCAAAAGCUCCAGUACACCAUUGGGAAGAGCCAACGUCUAAUUGGGACCGUAUCCACAUAGACUAUGCAGGACCAAUUGAAAAUCACUAUUUUCUAAUUGUAAUAAGUGCUCGUUCAAGAUGGGCUGAAAUACGAAUCAUCAAAGAUGCACCGAUAUCAGAAAAGACUGUAGAAUUAUUAAAAGACAUCUUUUCAACUCGUGGAUUUCCAAAAGCGAUGGUAUCUGACAAUGCAACAAUUUUUGUCAGUGAAACAUUUAAACAAUUCUGUCGUAGAAGCGGCAUUUUCCAGAAAUUGAUAGCUCCAGGUCAUCCUGCUACGAAUGGUCUUGCUGAAAGGAAUGUUCAAACACUGAAACAACUUUGAAGUCGAUGCAAGAGGAACCUCUUAUACUAACUCAAAAAGUUCGAUAAAUUUUAUUCAAAUAUAGAGCUACGCCGCUCGCAUGUGGGAAAUCUCCGGCGGAACUUUAUCUCCAUCGCGACUUUCGAAUUAAUUUGGAUAUCCUCGAGCCAAUGAAGAAUAUUGUCAACUGCAAAAAAAUUCCAGGUAUCCGCAGUCUAUCGAUUGGAGAAAGAAUACAGGCACGUUAUUAUACAAACCUAAAACCUGUAUGGAAAUUUGGGACAGUUGUCAGGAAGUUUGGUCAACUUCACUACCUCAUCAAAUUCGAUAAUGGAUACAUUUUCAAGAGACAUAUCGAUCAAUUACGCAGAACUGAAGUAAAAAAGAAAGUCACAUUUUCUCCUGACAAAAGGAGAAGAAGAGAACAAGGAGAAAGAAGAUCCAAAUUGAAGCAUAUCUACAGAAUUGGGUCAUUAUAUGGAAUUCCCGAAGACCGCUCCACAAAUCGUUCCAACCGAAAGAAACCAGUCAGCACCGGAAGAUCAGGCAAAAGUCAGACCGGACUCCUUAUCAAAUACUACCCAACGGCCCCAACGAUCACACUGAGUGCCAUCACAUCUGAAUGACUAUGUUUUAAAGUAGACAACUGCCAGAUAUUUGUUGCUUUUCUUUUUGUAUUAACGUUUUUUUUAUGUGUGGGAGAAUUAUUGUAAUCAGUAGUUGCACAUCCAGGGGGUCGAUUGUGUAUCUCAAAACGAGGUAAAAAUUACAAAAGUGAGCGAAUUUACUAGAAUACUGAUAAUUUCAUUGGUCAACACCUAGUAAAUUUGCUCACUUUUGUAAUUUUCACCUUGUUUGAAGAUACAGAAUCGAUCUCCAAAGACACACUCUCUCACUCAACCAAUAGAUGGCAUUCUUGCCACCGCGUUAUCUCCCGAGUAUCGUAUCUCGAAGAGUAAUCUUCUUUUCAGAGAUAGAAUAAGUAUGGCGAUAUGUGAAGACAUACAAUAUUGUUGUCGAUCCUGAAGUAUAAAACAAAUA